CAAAUCACACGCAGCCCGGUCAACAGCCCAGCGACUUCACAAUUAAGUCCAGUAAAGCAAGUAGGCAAGCGGCCAGCCUCGCUCGGCCCCCCCCGCAGGCGGGCAGGGUGCUUCUGCAUUAUGAGCGGCAUUCGAGUAUGGCGGCCAGCUUGAGCAGGUCGACCGGGCCCUCGGACACAUCGCCCGCUGCCGGCGCGGAGAGGGGCUUCUGGACCUGCUUCAGCAAAGCAAUGCCGUCCUUCCACUCGCUGCCCUCUCUCACAGAGGCCGCCUUGUAUGCUUUGAAGAAUGUAUUCGCUGCAGUCAGCCACAGACAGGUAGGCAGACAGGCAGCACGGGCACACUUGGCUCAUUCCAAUGGAUGUGCAGCCAGCUGUUUUUGUCAGCUUGCUAACCCAGUUUCCACCACUCGACCAACUGCUCGACAAACGAAGUACAUCCCUUCUCGGUGAGCACCGCAAUCCGAGGCGAGUCCUUCUCGACCUGAAGAAAGGAAAAGAUCUUGUGUCUCUUGCCUGAUCCUUGUGUCUCUUUGCCCUACUGCGCUGUCGAAGUCAAAAUACACAGUGUGGCCCUUGAACAGGCCCAUGUUGUCGCGCUGCGAUAGACAGACACACAACCGAGUGAAUAUGGAGCGAGAGCUGAGCUGACGCCAAACAUUGCUUACCUUGAUGUCGAAUAUCGAGAUGUCCCUCUCUUGAAACCAAUGGAGUCCCCUCAGUGCGGCGGAGAAAUGGCUGAGCAGCUCGUCGCAUGUCAGGCUGCCCCUCUGGAUGUCCUCCCAGGUCCCUGACCACCAUGCAACCAUCAGCAGCCUGCAAGAAUGAAUUGUACCUGUGUACUGUAUCUUCCUGCCGUGGGUCUCACCCUCCAUCAACGGCAUCAGCACCACAGUGCGGCCCUCAGCCCCCCGGGCGGCCGUGUGCACGUCAAUGUGCAUACUGUGGAAGGGGAGGACGGCUGGAGGCCACCCGCUCCACUCGUCCAGCAGCUCCUUCAGACCAGAGGUCAUCCAGGAGGCCGGCGGGCAUAUGGGCGGGUGGCCGGGGGGUGCCGUCUCCGUGGCGUUUGUGGCGCACUCCGCCUUCCAUCUGUUGGCCGCCUUUCGCACCGUCUGGAAGCCCUCAAAAGCCUAGGAGCCAACAAGGGACCACCAUCGACUUUGAGCAGCUGCCGGACCUUGAGUCUUACGAAUUCGGGGCAGGAUGGCAGCUUCGCGAAUUUGGCGGCCCAGCGAGGGCGGUCCUCUGGAUGGCUGCCGGGCGGUGCGUCGGUGUACUCGAGGUAGAUCACGUGCGAGCAGAGUCCUUCCCCGAGCUUCAUGGGCUGCCCUGAGGUGUCCACCGACGGACGAAGGCCGUACUUCGACAGGGCAGCCUGAAUCAACGUGCAGAAUGAUCCACACACUGGUCUACAUGAGAGGCUUUGCUCAGCUCACCAGGAUCUCAGGGGUGACCACCUCGUCCAGCCUCAAGUUGCGAUCUUCGGGUGUGUCCGCCGAAACGCUCUUGGCGGCAGUACAGAGACCUGCACGCAGCAAGAAACGGCACAAGAGGUCUGUCUGCCGGCUUCAUGGCCCACUGUAUCAUGUGGAAUGCGUCACACAUACCUUUUGAAGCGCGUGUAACAUUUUCGUGGGCCUGGAUCUUCCCUACUCCCCCCUCUUCUGUCUCGUUGGGCAUCUCCCAGGACGCGCCCGACGUGGCGGCCUGCAGUGCAGACAGACAGGCAGACAGACAGACAGACAGACAAGAGGCAGAGAGACAGAAGGGAAAUGAUGUCAUUAUUGUCAUGAUGUCAAAUGCGAGAGGCGUCCGGCAUACUGGGGCGGAUGUGGACGUGCUUUGGGUCCCAUUCCCUUGUUCCUUCUGUGACGGGACAGGCAGCCCUCACUGAUUGCAAUGCAUUGCUGUGCGUGGCUCUCGCCUUUCCGUUCUUACGUGUGUGUGCCUGUGUGUCCCCUCUUGAGUGUCCUUGCCGGCCCGGGGCAGACCAUUGGCGGCCUGGUGUUGAUGAGGGUGGGCCCGCCCGUCCCCCGAGGUGAGUUGCCCUUCCCCUGCUGCUGGCUUGUCUCGCCACUCAUGUUCGUCGACUGCCUUGUGGGCGCAGCACUGCCAGCCGCUCGUGGCCGUGCACUUGGAGCGGCACCAUGCUGAUACGGCGGCACCGAUGGCGCUCAACAUGGUAAUGUGCACGUGAUUGUUUCUG